AUGUUUGCCAGACAAGUUCUCCGUCCAGCCAGGACGCUGCAACAGCAGGUCCGCCGGUACGCAUCCGAGGCGCCCCAGAGCGGCGGCGGCAACAAUGGUAUUCUCUACACGGGCAUUGGCGCUGCAGGCCUUACAGGCGCCUACUUCUACCUGAGGGGCGGCGACUCGCCAUCCGGGCAGCAGGGCGCCGCACCGCCGUCGUCCGAGGAGAGCAAGAUUCCCGCCGUGUUGAGCGGGCCUGCCAAGAGGGCGUUCACAGGUGGCGAGCAGGGCUUUGUGUCGCUGCUGCUGGAAAAGUCGGAGAUUGUCAACCACAACACCAAGAAGCUUACGUUCAAGUUACCCGAGGAUGACAUGGAAAGCGGGUUGCCGGUGGCGUCGGCCGUCAUCACUAAGUACAAGGGCCCCGAGAUGCAGAAGCCCGUCAUCCGACCCUACACGCCUAUUAGCGACGUGGACCAGAAGGGCACAGUCGACUUCAUCAUCAAAAAGUACCCCAACGGCCCCAUGUCGGAGCACAUGCACAGCAUGGAACCUGGCCAGCGUCUCGAUAUCAAGGGCCCCAUACCCAAGUACCAAUGGAGCUCGAAUAAACAUGAGCAUAUUGCGCUCAUCAGUGGCGGCACCGGCAUCACCCCCAUGUGGCAGACGGCGCGCGCCAUCUUCAAAAAUCCCGACGACAAGACCAAGGUCACACUGGUGUUUGGCAACCUUACCGAGGAGGACAUUCUGCUGAAGAAGGAGUGGGAGCAUCUUGAGAACACGUACCCACAGCGCUUCCGCGCCUUCUACGUCCUCGAUAACCCACCCGAGCAGUGGCAGGGCGGCAAGGGCCACAUCACCAAGGAGCUACUCAAGACGGUGUUGCCCGAGCCCAAGCAGGGCGACAAGAUCAAGAUCUUCGUCUGCGGGCCGCCUGGCAUGUACAAAGCUAUCAGUGGUGGCAAGAAGAGUCCAUCGGACCAAGGCGAGCUUGAUGGUUACCUGAAGGAGUUGGGCUACAGCAAGGACCAAGUGUACAAGUUUUAGAGGGUAUGUGACAUGACUGUACGAUAUACGCACUCUAGACUAGAUCUCUUGUAUCACGCGCUUCUUCCUCGAUUUGGUGCACAAUCCAAUCGACCAUCGACUUGGAGCAGAAGUUCGCUGUAAACACUACCUCAGUAAACUACACAACGUGCGCCUGACCAUUCAUUGUCGCGUUACUUGUCAUUCCCACAAUGCAUUCUGUCGCAUAGAACGAUGUUCUUGCUCAUUGUGUAGUCACGUUGGCAUGUAUAUAUGCUUUGUUGUGCCUUCCUCAUGGAGACUCG